GAAUAAUAACAAAAUACUAUAUACAAAAGAUAUAAAUAAUUUGCAGAGAAAGCGCGCUUAUCAGCUGGAAAAGUGAAUCAUGGGUGCAGUGCAGCCGGGAGCAGUUGUGAGCAUUGAACACACUUGGGUGCACUCGACUCCAUAUGCCGCACUGCCUCCGUUCGCUGUUGUUGGCGGCCACGACGCCGACGGCACACCGAUCUAUGUGGGUCGCUCCUUCCACGAGGGCGAGAACCUGCCCGCCAAGGUAAUUCCCAGCAAGGGCUGUGCCUAUGUCGCCUACGGCGGCACCGAGCACCAGAAGAGCCACUAUGAGGUGCUGGUGGGCCAGGGCUUCGCCUGGGUGGGCAGCUCCAGUGGCUGUGUGCCGCCAAACGCUGUGCGCAGCGGCACCACACGCACCGGGGAGCCCAUCUAUGUGGGUCGCGGCCAUUACUCGAACUCGCUCUGCGUGGGCAAGGUGCAUCCAUCGCAUGGCUGUCUUUAUAUACCGUUUGGCGGGCAGGAGGUGCGCAUUAACACCUACGAGGUGCUCAUCCAUCAGCAGCAGGAUGUCUGGGUGCCGGCCACGCCCAGCUAUACGCCGCCCGGCGCCGUCGUAGCCGGUCACGAUUCGGAUCGCACGCCCAUCUAUGCCGGACGCGCCAUGCACGAGGGCGAAAUGCUGCCCGCCAAGGUGGUGCCCAGCAAGGGCUCUGCCUAUGUCUGCUUUGGGGGCUACGAGUUCCAGAAGCCCACCUAUGAGGUGCUCACCGGCUAUGGCUAUGUCUGGAUCCGGCCCCAUCACCAUGGCAUUCCCCCGAAUGCCGUCUCCACGGGACGCGCACGCAACGGCGAACCCAUCUAUUACGGACGCGGACAUUACCAGGGCAGCCUGACGCCCGGCCUGAUCUCCUCCCGACAGCGUUGCCUCUACAUACCCUACGGAGGCCGCGAAAUCCGUGUGGACUCCUAUGAGGUGCUCUGCCGGCAAUAGUCGGCACUCAUAUAUACAUAUAUAUUUAUAUUUUUGAACAAUUUCUAAUAAAGGGUGCGACU